CUCCUUCGCAACGAGCCGAGUUCGGCUAUCCCGCGGUAUCUCACGGUCGAUGCGCGACCAAAAAAAACGACAUAUACACGCGAGCCAGCAAACAAAACACAAUCUUAAAUCCUACAAAAUUAACUGGAAUCAUUCGAUUUACGUGUCAUUUUAUUAAAGAACAGACCAUGUAUCUGCUUUCGAACAUGAUCCUUUGUUUCGCUGCGAUGGUAGGCCUCUGGCCUUCUAUAAGUUAUGGCUUUGCCUCCGCUCUUCCCGAGCGCAUACCGUCAUGGGUAAACUUACUUACCCCUCGCCCUCUGCCGCAAGAACAUAAUCCACAUUGUAUUCGAUAUUUAAACGAUAGUUCAACGGCGAACAUGUCAACCUGGGAUUCCAGGAUCACCGGACUGGAAUCGCGGUUGGAUCUGAUCGAUCGCAUUGAUCAUAAAUUGAAUCUUGACACCAGGGUAGCUGAGAUCGAGAGGGCUCUUCAGCGCCAGCCUAAUGUCGAGCGUUCCUUGAUAGAGAUGCUCCUGAAGGAGCGUUGCGCCCAUCUUGAGAAACCCUCGGCCUCCUUGCCCGGUCCCCCUGACGUUGCCUCUGCCGCACCUGCGGGGAUUACUGCUCAGUUCGAGCAGAGAGACUACGAGCUCGCCAUUGUCGCGCUGAUAACAUAUUGUCUCUCACUUUAUUUGGCGAGAGAGUAGUCAAGCGAUAUCGAGCCUCGGUAGAAGAGCGGUCGCCCGGCAAGCAAAAGGUUCGCAUCUUGACCUAGUCUCCUUGCCCGAUAUUUUUUCACCCGAAAAUCAUUACGCGGCGCACUGUAGUGCCCAACUAUCCGAGGAUACGCCCUUAAUCGUU